AUGAGUAGUCACGGUAUAGAAUUCAAGGAAAGUAAUGGCCCCUCUGUCAAAGGUCAUAUCUCUAUCCAGGACUUGACCACCGACUGUUGCUUCUUAUUCGAAAAGAUCUUGAGUUCCCUGCACCCCAACUCAGAGGAGUCUGACUUGGUUGAGACUGAAUUUGGGCGUCUCAAUAUCUGGGCUAGCAAUGUCGGUGCCCUCGCUCAUGAAGCGGCGUCGCUGGAUCACCGCCUGCGCCACAGUCACGACAUCAAGAGUCUAGUUGCACACCUGCUUGAGGUGUUGGAACGCAACUUGCGGCAAGUCAUUACUCAGUGGAAGAAUAUCGAUGAAACGAACGCAGCAGUGACCCCCGAAAGGGAGGAUUUGUCAAGGUUAUUUCCUCAGGCGAUACAAGCAGCCGGCGCAAGCAUCGACAGACUGCACAUACUGGCAAACAUAAUUCGGAAAUCUUCGGCCCAGAGCAGAAAUCUCCGCGCACGAGCGUUUGCGGAAGAAGAGGACGAGAAAGGCUUUGAAAAGUUUGCCUUGCUCAUGGUGAAGCAUCGAUUCAAGGAGGCAAGCGAAUCCCUGUGUGAGCAGCUUGCCAUCUCAAUGGCCAUGCGUCGAAAGCAGUUUGUGUAUAAAUUGAAACAUCAGAACAAACUAGCAUUUCAAGUGAAGAAAACCAAUGUCCGACGGCUGGCUAUAGCAUACGGCGAACGGAAUACUGAGCGGCAUAGCGAACAACCUGUCCCUACACUCUCAGUCUCCUUGCAAGAACAGGAGGUUAACGAUGCGCCAGAAUCACGAAUUAAGAACCUGGCCCCAUCGCAAACUAAUGCCUCGACGCUAGACUCCAAGCUAUUCCGCCAAAUGCUACGUGAUUCUAAGCCACCGCCGUCCACUGCUAGCGCAGGAACAUCAAUUCACGAUGCGAAGCUAGCUUAUCCGCCACCUCCUAUCACCAGAGAGAGCCAAAAGGAAUGUAUUUGUCCUUAUUGUUGUGAAAUCCUGCCCACAGCGAAGGUGAAUACUGAUCGUUGGUGGAAGAAACACGUCGACGCUGACCUCGAGCCAUACGUCUGUAUUUCAGAAAAGUGCAUGAUGAAUCCCGUUCAAUUUGUCAAGUUCGACGAUUGGAAACUUCAUAUGUCCCAGCAUGGACCGUCGGAAUAUGCAUGGAACGUGCACUUGCUUGCCUGGCUCUGUCCGAUAUGCAAGACGCUCGAACCGUUCCAUUGGAAGGAAAACUUUUUGCAUCAUAUGAAAUCUAAUCAUUCAGAAAGAUUCACCCAGUCUCAAUUAUCGACACUUGCCAGGCGCAGCACGCUGUCAGUCUCACGGGACAUUUUCGUGUGUCCUUUGUGCAACUGCGUUCCACAAGAGAUCGAGCGCAUUCCAUCUGAGAAGCGAAAAAACUUUUCGGCCUUGCUACCGAAGCAUAUUGCCGGUCAUCUGAAAUCUCUUCUUUUUCUUUCGUUGCCGUAUCGAGACGAUAUUAAUGAAGACAUGUCGGGUGUCAGUCGUGACCCGUCUUUUGGAGGUUCUGCAGGCAACAAGUUAGAAGCAAAUAGCGCUAUCGAUUCGGAUCUAGCUCGACCUUUCGUGUCAAUGAGUUCCUGGGAGGUAGAGAGAGAGGACUCAAAUAUAGAAGCCUUUGCAAAUGACAAGGAGAUGGACUUUACAUGGGACUUCAUACCUAUCAAGUCAUAUGAUAGGGAAAAGGACCCGAUCAUUCAAAGAAUAAUCGCAGCUCUGCGGAAGCGAGAGGCUGGACCCUCGAGGACAUUAGAUCUGUGGCAAACCGCGUACAACGAAGAAGGCUCUCUCUCGGUGACAGAUGGAAGUCGAAAGAAGCGCCGUGGAUACUACGGAUCUCCUGUCCCAUCUACCAACGAGUACUCCGCGAAUCAAUGGACCUACAAUGAUUACACAGUCGCUGUGGUGUGCGCCAUGGGUUUUGAGAUGCGCGCAGUCCGCUACAUGCUCGACGACGAACACCCCCGUUUGCCCACCAAGCAAGGUGAUUCAAGCCUAUAUGUCCUCGGCGAAAUCAGCGGUCACAAUGUCGUGAUUGCCUGUCUUCCAGGUACCCAAGGGAAAGGAGCCGCGGCAAUCGUCGCCAACAACAUGCAACGUACGUUCCCUUCAAUCAAAUGGCGCCUUCUGGUGGGCAUCGGAGGUGGUGUGCCGAGCCCAACACAUGAUAUCCGCCUCGGUGAUAUUGUUGUGAGUAUGCCCGACGGACUAUUCGGUGGAGUAGUUCAGUAUGACCUAGGGAAGGAUGUGGAGGAUGGCUUCACCCUUAAAGGAUUCCUCUGGCCACCCCCUCCCAUCUUGAGGAGUGCUGUGGAGAUGAUGCAAUCUGAUCACUUGACAAAAAAGAAGAAAGUCAACGCCUUCUUGUCAGAAACGCUGCAAAAGUGGCCUGGCCUCGCAGAAUAUCAACGGCCACCAGCAGAAUCCGAUGUUCUCUUCCAAACGGAUUAUCCUCAUGUACCUGAUCAGGCCACAUGCAGGAGAUGCGAAAGGACUCAAAUUAUUAAUCGGCCUUCACGUGUAUCUGAUAAUCCUAAGAUUCAUUAUGGAUUGAUUGCCUCCGGGGACCGAGUAAUAAGGAGCACUAUUAAGCGAAACAAAACGGGCCAAGACAUCGGCGAUAUCCUCUGUUUCGAAAUGGAAGCAGCCGGCAUCAUGACAGAGUUUCCAUGCAUUGUAAUUCGCGGCAUCUCCGACUAUGCAGACUCUCACAAGAAUGAUAAAUGGCAGCACUAUGCAGCAGCGGCGGCAGCAGGGUGCGCGAAGGAGCUUCUUUCAUAUCUGGACCCAGAGGAUCACCAAAUCCCGCCAAUAUUGUCCCUUCGGCAGCCGUUGCACGGCCAAUUCAACGUUAGUCGUGGACUGCCCGGAAGUACCAACAUACAUACACCUCGCCAGGGUUCCCCUGCCCUACAAAGCACGGUCUUAGGUCAGCAUCCGAGGGGUGGAAUCCCGUCCCUCAGUGAAGAGCAUAAACGGAUGCUUCUAGACUCAUUGAAAUUUGACCAAAUCGAUGCUCGCCAUAUGGCCAUCAAAAGAGCACAUGCAACGACUUGCAGAUGGCUCCUCAGUAAGCCGGAGUACCUUGACUGGCUUGAUAACACCAAGCUCAACGAACAUCACGGCUUCUUGUGGAUGAAGGGGAAGCCUGGGACCGGCAAGUCAACAAUAAUGAAAUUUGCCCUUGCGGAUGCCCGGAAAAUGAUGAAGGACAGGAUAAUCGUGUCUUUUUUCUUCAACGCACGAGGAGAGGACUUGGAAAAGUCUACAGUUGGAUUAUAUCGAGCCUUAUUGUCAGAGAUUCUUGAACGAGUCCCAGAACUUCAGUGUGUCUUCGACACCCUAGAGUUAAGGACUUGGAACAGCGGCGGACAUCACCAGUGGGGUGUUGAGUUGCUGAAAGAUCUGUUCGAACAAGCAAUACUACGCCUUGAACAGUCUUCCCUGAUGUGUUUCAUUGACGCCUUGGAUGAGUGUGCGGAACAUGAAGUGCGUGACAUGAUAUCAUUCUUCGAACAUGUUGGCGAACUUGCUGUUGAUGCUGGAAUUCGAUUCCGAGUCUUACUGUCAAGCAGACACUACCCGUAUAUCACUAUAAAGAGAGGACUGGAAUUGAUUCUAGAGGGCCAAGAAGGCCACUUCCAAGACAUCGCCAAUUACGUGAAUAGCGAACUGAAAAUUGGGCACAGCAACCGCGCCAUGCAGAUCAGGGGUGAAAUUCAAGAGAAAGCCUCUGGAGUUUUCAUGUGGGUAAUUCUUGUUGUGGAGAUCCUCAAUAAGGAGUAUAACAGUGGCCGUGUCCAUGCUCUUCAACAAAUACUUCACAGGAUCCCUGGCGACCUGCAUGAGCUAUUCCGCGAUCUUUUAACACGGGACGGCCAUAAUCGAAAUCAGCUACUGUUAUGCAUCCAAUGGGUGCUCUUUGCAAGGCAGCCAUUAAAACCAGAGGAAUUGUAUUUUGCCAUUGUUUCUGGCAUUGAGCCAGGAGCUUCAACAGCGCGGAAUACCGAUGUGCUCACAAUUGAUGUCAUCAGGAGAUUCAUCCUCAAUUCAUCCAAAGGACUCGCUGAAGUUACACACUCCAAGGCUCCGACGGUCCGGUUCAUUCACGAGUCAGUUAGAGACUUUUUCCUCAAAGAAAACGGGCUCUGCAAGAUUUGGCCUGACUUUGGAAGCAACUGGCAAGGACAAAGUCAUGACCAACUUAAGCAGUGCUGCCUUACCUAUCUCAACGUCGAUGUCUUUAAACAUGUUGAUCUCAGUAAGCCACUAGCGAAAGCAUCUUCCAAGGAAGCUGCAAACCUCCGCGACUCGGUUGCUAAAGCGUUUCCAUUCCUGGAGUAUGCCGUACGCAACGUGCUGUACCAUGCUGAUGCUGCUGAAGGUAGUGGCAUCGCUCAAGGAGAUUUUAUCCAUGGCUUCCAGCUUCCCUAUUGGGUGCAACUCGACAAUCUAUUCGAAAAACACGAAGUACGCCGGCAUACACAAAACAUGAGUCUACUGUAUAUCUUAGCAGAGAACAAUCUGUCGAAUCUCAUCAGAGUUCACCCUUCUGUCAUAUCCUGUUUUGAUGUGGAAGGAGAGCGCUACAAGUCUCCCUUUUUCGCGUCCCUUGCUACCGGAAGUGGGAAAGCUCUCCAAACACUUCUGCAAGCCUAUACGGCGGACAUGCACCCGGAAAGUCGACUGCGUGAGCUGUGCGACAAAUAUUGCCAGGACGGAAGCAGAAGCCCUAACCUGGGACGCGAUUUUAACUUCUCAGACCAUAGGACCGUCCUGUCACGUAUAGCAGAGCUUGACGAGCUAUUAUUCGCUUUUCUCCUUGAAACAGGGAAAUUUAUGCCGGACUCCAGAGACAAAAAUGGGCAGACACCCCUGUCAUGGGCAGCAGUGAAUGGAAAUGAGGAAAUAGUCAAGCUGCUGCUAGCAACAAACCAAGUUGAUCCAGAUUCCAAGGACAAUGAUGGGCAGACACCGUUGUCAUGGGCAGCAGCAAGCGGGAAUGAUGCCAAGUUGAUCCAGANAAUAGUCAAGCUGCUACUGGCAACAGGCCAAGUUGAUCCAGAUUCCAAGGAUAAAUUUGGGCAGACACCGCUGUCAAAGGCAGCAGAGAAAGGAAAUGAGACAAUAGUCAAGCUGCUACUGGCAACAGGCCAAGUUGAUCCAGAUUCCAAGGAUGAUUUUGGGGGCACCCCGCUGCUAGGGGCAGCAGCAUUGGGAAAUGAAGGGAGGGGAAAUGCGGCAAUAGUCAAGCUGCUACUAGCAACAGGCCAAGUGGAUCCAUGUUCCAAGGACGGUAUUGGAAAGACACCACUGUCAAGGGCAGUAUACAAUGAAAAUGAGGUAAUAGUCAAGCUGCUACUGGCAACAGGCCAAGUUGAUCCAGACUCCAAGGAUAAUGAAGGGCGGACACCACUGUCAUGGGCAACAGGAACAGGAAAUGAGGCAAUAGUCAAGCUACUACUGGCAACAGGCCAAGUUGACCCAGAUUCUAAGGAUAUUGAAGGGCGGACGCCACUGUCAUGGGCAGUAUACCAUGAAAAUGAGGCAAUAGUCAAGCUGCUACUGGCAACAGGCCAAGUUGAUCCAGACUCCAAAAGGGCGGGGAUGGCGGCGAGGGAGGAUAUCGAGGACGAUCGGGGGGGUAGACGAGAACGCAAGAAGCAGAAUGGAAGACAGGACGAAGACAACUACGGAGAAAUAGACGAGGAAUUAGAGAUAGAGGGCGGCGGUGGAGGGAAGGAACAUGAUAGCGCCGGGGGCGAAGCUGCGUCAGGAGACAGAUGUUUACAAAGGAAGGAUUAUGAGGACGAAAAGAGAUAA